CAAGAAGUUAAGGCCUGAACUAACGAAGAUAUUUACUAAUAUCGAGGACAAUUUUAAGGCCUUGAAAGAUAUGCUGGUCUUUGGUGAGGUUGAAGAAACUAUACCUGCUUUACUGGAAAAUUUCUUACAAAAAGGAUUAAAGAGAGAAGCACUGAAUGAAUUUGAGAUUGCCGGUCUAGUUCAAGCCUUUGAAAUUAUUCACAACAUUUUGCGAAAAUACCCUUACUCUUUUUAUGCUUACGGUUCGCGAGUUAAAGGUGAAGCCCGGCGUUUAUCGGACCUGGAUAUUUGUUAUCAGGAAGACAUUCCGUUAAGCACCGUUUCACUUAUCAAAGAAGAGUUUGAGGAGUCUAAUUUGCCUUUUGAAGUCGAAGUGCAAGCUAGAUAUCAAUGGGAAGCCGUGGCAGGAAGCUCUCCGGCAAAUUCCCGACUCCGAAAAAUACCGAUUUUGGAAAUGAGAAUACCACCAGUUCCGGGGCGGUACUCUCACGCUUAUCUGACUUCGGAAGAGUACCGCAGCAUGGCUUACGAUUAUCACCAGCAUCAUCUCAAAAGGCCAGCCUAUAAAAAGCAAUUGACUAGCGAAAAAGAUUCCUUUAAUCAUUGGUACUGGGAAAAAGAACAAAAAUCAACUGCUCUCCUUGUGGGUGCUAAGCCAUUUAGUCCCAGAGAGAAUGUGUUAGUCCCAGUAGAUGUUAGACCCUUUAAUAAAAACGAAAUUGUUAGUCCCAUGGUCGAACCUACAAACAAUCCUGCCUCUGUUAUUCCUGAAAAUGUGAUACCUGAAAAUCAAAAAAAGGAUGUGACACCCGUUAUUUCCGAAGUAAUUGCCAACUUUGGUUUAAAGUCCAGUUCAGAUGUGAUACCAAAAUUAGAAGCGGAACAAAAUGUGAUACCAGAUUUAAAUAUUAUACCCAUCAAACCCCCAAGCCCCAUUUGUGAAACCAAGACAAGCGAACAUCGGCGAAUACUUGUGUCUGUUAAAAAUAGUAAGCCCAAGUUGAUUGCGGACACCACUAGUUUAGCAGUUGCCGAACCACUAGUAUUAGAAUCGGUAGCAAAA